GAUCGAAAUCUCUAUUUCACGAAUUAUUCCCAACACAUCGACCUUGCUAGUGGGAUUAUAUAUUUCUGCAUCGCAGAUGUCAUCGAUUUUCAAGCCUAUACCAUUUACUACUUCCUUACCUAUAAUAUUACAAUUGGCACCGGAUUCUAGUAUAACUGUUACUGGUACUUUGUUAAUUUUGCAAGAUGAAAUUCUCAUCAAUUUACAAGAGAAUGAUAAUAUAACCGUAUCGCUAAUAGAAUCAGUGAAAAAAUUAUCAAUAUUGAUCAAUGGUAAGGAUACAGAAGUAGUUUGUGACUCGGGUUCAGAAUGUCCAAUUAUCACUUAUGAGAUUGCGAAAAAAUUGG